UGGACCGACUUACUCCUCCAAGGCUUCUCGGACAGGCCUCCGCAUCUGUGACCUGCUGUCAGACUUUGAUGAAUUUUCCACCAGAUUCAAGAACCUGGCCCACCAGCACCAAUCCAUGUUCUCCAGCCUGGAGAUAGAUGUCGAAGGCCAACUAAAGAGGCUCAAGGGCUUUGCUGAGCGGAUCAGACCCAUGGUCCGAGAUGGGAUCUACUUCAUGUAUGAGGCACUCCACGGCCCUCCCAAGAAGGUCCUGGUGGAAGGUGCCAAUGCUGCCCUCCUCGACAUCGACUUCGGAACCUACCCCUUUGUGACAUCAUCCAACUGCACAGUAGGUGGCGUGUGCACCGGCCUGGGCAUCCCACCCCAGAACAUAGGCGACGUGUACGGUGUGGUGAAGGCCUACACCACCCGUGUGGGCAUCGGGGCCUUCCCCACAGAACAGAUCAAUGAAAUCGGAGAUCUGCUACAAAACCGUGGCCACGAGUGGGGUGUGACCACAGGCAGGAAGAGGCGCUGUGGCUGGCUGGACUUGAUGAUCCUGAGAUAUGCACAUAUGGUCAAUGGCUUCACGGCGCUGGCCUUGACCAAGUUGGACAUCCUGGACGUCCUGAGUGAGAUUAAAGUGGGCAUCUCAUACAAACUCAAUGGGAAGAGGAUUCCCUACUUCCCAGCUAACCAGGAGAUGCUCCAGAAGGUCGAGGUAGAGUAUGAGACACUGCCUGGCUGGAAAGCAGACACCACAGGUGCCAGGAAGUGGGAGGACCUGCCCCCACAGGCCCAGAACUACGUGCGCUUCGUGGAAAACCACGUGGGUGUGGCAGUCAAAUGGGUUGGUGUUGGCAAGUCCAGAGAGUCCAUGAUCCAGCUGUUCUAGACCCAAUGGAACAGAUGCCCCAAGCCACAGAUGCACCCCAUCCCUGCAGGAGCAGCUGUAGCCAUGUUCCUUGGCAUCACAAGCAACAUUGGAAACAAAGCAUCUGAAAAUUAUUUUCUGUACUUCUAUUUUUCUAUUGAAGCUUUUAGCUCAACCCAUUGAAUUUUGCAAUGAUUUUAAAUAUCUGAAAGCCAGCUGUGUACAGUUUUUAAAAUUCUGCCGUUUAGGGUGGGGAUUUAGCUCAGUGGAUCCGCCACCUGCUUUGCAAGCACAAGGUCCUGAGUUUGAUCCCCAGUACCCUCCCACAAAAUCUGCCAUUUAAAAUGAGACCAAGUGCUCAAAACAGAGGCCUAUGUGACACACUGUCACACAGCAUGACCAUUUGAGGUCAUGUAAUAAACAUGUCCAGGAGCCACUGAGUGAGUAGCCAUUCUGUGCUUGCCUCAGCUAUGUCCUGCUGCUUUCCCACACUAAGAGAUGACCACUGCAUGACCAGAGUAUGCCUGGUGCAGCUUCCUAAGAGGAUAUCCUGGCCUGCAUGUGAGCUGACUGCUAAUGGUAAUUACAUCGAGGCCAAAGAAAGAGGCAGGCAGGCCCAGGACUGCACAAAGUGCAGUGUGUUAAGAGACUUGAGCAUGUUGUGGUGGCAGCAAGACAGGAAGGGCUUGGUGUUCAGUGAAUGGUCCAGGGCCUGGGGUGGGACAGAGCAGCAGGAUCAGUUCUUUGAGUUUUCUGGGAAAAAAGAGCUUCCCAAGCGGCAGGUGCCUGUCCAAUGUUCAGCUUAGAACUUUCACAGACACAUGCAUGGGUAACCCUUAGGACCCCAAAAUAGGCCCGCAGGUCUCUCUGCCCUUACUGGCUAGUGUGUCAUGGACAUCUGGCCUACUGGUCUUGCCAGGUGUGCUGCCCACUUGGAUCUGUAACGAGCCACUUUGGAGGCAGGUGUGAUGACACAUGCCUAUCAUCCCAGCACUCUGGGAGGCUGAGGCAGGAAUAUAAUAAGUACCAGUUCUACCUGGACAAUUUAGGGACUUGGUGAAACCCUGUCUCAAAAAAAUUUUUUUAAAAAGAACUUACAGAAAGGUUGGGGAUGGCGCCCAAUGGUAGAGUGCCCUGGGAAAAUAAAAACACGUUUCGUGUGCUGUAUGAACUUCCGCCUGUGUGUCACCUGACCCACACACCCACACCGGCCCACUGCCACGGCUCCCAGAGGGUGGCUGCCUUGGCAGGGGUAACCUAGACACAGGUCAGACAAGAGCCACAAGGGCGUCUGCCAGUGUGAACGGCUUACUGUGCGAGGGACACGGGUCACGCGUCGCCAAGAUAAGGAAGGGGUGGGAAAAGCUCAAGGU